AUGGAAGAAAAACCAUUAUUCGGUGCAUUGACUGUCUAUCGAGAAAGAGGUGCACAUUUACGUCGACUAGAACAAUUUGAAAAAGCGAAGGCUUCUUAUGAUGAGGCUUUCAAAAGUGCUUCUGAGGAUGUGCGAACACUAACCGGCCGUAGCCAGGUAUGCUCAGAUGCUGUCCAACCAGUUCAGGCCUACUCAGAUGCCGAACUUGCACUUAAGUUAGAACCUUCUAAUAUGAUAGCUCGUAAUAUGCAAGCUCGUGCUAUGUAUACUAUGUCUGAUUUUGAGCGAUCUGUGGUAAUGAACUACCGAGGGGCUCGAGUUCGACGUCAACCGCCCUACUUUACGGAAGGUAUAAAUCAAGGCAUAGAAACUAUACAAGACUGCAUUGGAGUUAAUGCUGGAAAUGUGAUGGUUGAUUUUUUACCUUUAAUAAAACAAUCCGAAGUUGCUAUCAUUGAUGAACAUGAACCUCAAAAGCAAUCACAUAUUUCCCGCAUCCCACAUCCGGAGAGUAAACGCAAGUUGACUCAAAUGGAAGCUCGUAAACACGCUAUGUUGGCCCGUGUCCUUGCUAUGAAGUAUUUGGGGCCAAUGGCUUAUGACAAAUUUUUUCUUCAGCGACUAGCAGAAGACCCACGACUACAAUCAGCUAACUCAAAAGGUAGUAUCCUAUUAAAGAAUAUUGUAAAGGAAGCGCUCCGCUCUUUAAGUGAACGACAGGAAAUGCUAAGAACACAAAGACCAUAUUAUACCAUUAAAUUAUCGGAAAAGGCUGAAUCUAAACAUCAAAACAAAUACAAAGAAGAAAUACUUAUCAGAGAACGUGAGAUAGGUGCACGAAGUGCUGAGCUUCUUUUAAAACAAAUCGAAAAGAGUCUGCGAGAGAAACGUAUUAUGGACUUAAUGUCGUAUGCGGAACGUCUACAAACUUUCCUUGACUCAAAGACUCCGCGUACGUUACCAGAUAAAGAGAUCUAUAUAGACCGGUUAUACAGAGCAGUUGGAGAAGGUUAUCUAUCACAGCAUCGCCUUUCGUACAGACUAAGUGAACGGGGAAAUAGAAGACGUAUUGCUUUUUUAAUGGGUCUUCCAAUUGGUCGUCCAACAUCCUUCGACUCUGUUUUAGGAAAUUAUCCUCACAAGUUUAUUGAUGUUAAACAAGCCACAGCUAAAGUGUCGACGGCUUUAGAAAUGUGCGAAAACUCUACUAUGAAAUGUUGGUUAAUGUACGAACUAGCUAGAAUGCUUUCAACACAAAAAAAUUACGCCCUUGCUAAGUUCUAUGCUAAACGAUGUCAGCGAGAGGCGCAGGAAAUAGGCAAUGCGACGUGGUGGCUAAAUGGACUCUUUGUCUUAAUGAGUGGUGACAUGCAACAAGGUAAUGCUAAUGAAGUACGAAUUCAAGUUGAGGAAGCUUACGAAUACUCUAAAAAGCUACAAGACCCAGAACAAGUACAGGCCUUCCUAAGUAAAUGCGCCGAGAUGGUCUCAGAUGCAGUUACAGCGGAUGAACGUAAAGCUAUUGAGCAACGACAGAGACAAAUUGUAAAGAUAAUGGAUGAGUCUCAACGCGUAGAAACUCAAGUAUUAUUUAAGCGUAUGUCUACAGUGCCACAAGGUAGAAGAUUCUCUGUGUUACCACAAAAACAAGAAGGUGGAGAAUUAAAAUCAGAGCGACGGCGUCGACGUCAACGAGGUCUAUCUGUAAUACCUGGACCAGAAAAAACGUUAGCACCAGCACCAAAAUCGAAUACUCCUGGAUUUCAAAUAUUUGAUGUAUAA